UAAACAAAAUGCCAUCUAACAUUUCGGACGAAGAAUUUCUUAAAUUACUAGAAAAUCUUUCUCCUCCUCCUUUUACGCCGUCGACAAUUCAAAGUGUGUUUCCUGAGUAUAUCGAUGAGACAAUAGUAAGAAAUAAUAAAAAGGUAUUACGUCGCAACAGUCGAAGAAAUAGGCGGCAGCUUCAUGUGCAAAGUAAUAGAAGAGUUAUAGAAAAAAAUAGAAUACCAACAAAUAGGAAUCAACAUAGGAGGGGACGACAACAUCCACAACAAACUGUACAAUUGCCGGUUAAUAGAAGAUGCAAUGAAUUCGAACAUUUUAGUGAAAUUCUCGAAUUUGAAAUUCGAUAUUUUCUUCAGAAAAUAAACUACCCAGAAAGUAUAUCGGUAUGUUUUUUACACAAGUACUAUUCAGUAUUCGAAAAUUACAAAAUUUUAUUCCUUUUUUGCAGAAACAUAGCAAAAGCAGUCUUGAUUUCUUGUUAUUUAAAUAAGUCUUAUAAAAAUUGUUAUACAUAAAUAAAUAAAAUAAUUGUGAAAUAUAUCAAUAUUUUGAUUUAACCAAUGUUAUUUUAAC